AUGGCGGAAUCUCCAGGCGGGAUGGACGAGAGGGGUGCAGAUCGGUUGCAAUACCCGGGCAGGAAACGCGUGCUGGGGUUCGUCGGGGUGCAGACCGGUUUCGGCAGCGGCAAGAGGCGCGCUCUGCUUCGCGAGGCGUGGUUCCCCGCCACGCCCGAGGAGCACGCGCGGGUGGAAGCAGCAACGGGGCUGGUGUUUCGGUUCAUCGGGCACAGCACGAGCGCGGAGGACGAGCAGCUACUGCAGGCGGAGAACAGCACUCACGGGGACUUCCUGCGCGUUGAUGUCGACGAGUCGUACCUCAAUCUCAACCACAAGACUCUUGUGUACUUCACGACUCUCUUCAAGCUCUAUGAAGCCGAGCACUACGUCAAGGCAGACGAUGACAUUUUCUUGAUGCCAGACCGCCUCUCUUCUCUGAUCGCCAGGCCAAGGGAGUCAACUCGAACGUACAUUGGCUGCUUCCAAAGGGGAAUUGUGAUUACUAACCCCAAGAAGAAGUGGUUUGAGCCCCAGGCGUGGCUGCUGGGACCGGAGUAUUUCAAGUACGCGUCCGGUCCCAUCUACUCCCUCUCCUACGACGUCGUCAAAAUUCUCAACUUCCUCCCCAAGGGCUGGCUGAGGAUGUUUGUGAACGAGGAUUCGAGUAUGUUCGGGCGUCUGCAAUCCUAA